AUGACGAUAGCUUGUAAAAGACAGACAACAGCGUGCUGUAUCGUCGGGUUCACGAUCUUGCUGAAACUCCUGACGGUAAGAUGUAUGCCAAUCGCCCCAGAACUGACCCGAAGAACGUUUGACUUCGCCGCCACGUGUCCAAACGGCAUCACUCUUACCUUAAACGGCAAACAACUGAACGUCAACAAUUUACGUCUCAGCGCCUUCGAUGCUGUACAACUCGAACCUUCUCUAUUCGGACAAACUUUUGAAGACCGUAUUGAAGUCUGGUGUAAAGUGGCCAAGAUGACACAGGAGUUAGCCGAAAGCGUCGGCAGAACUGUGGACACAUUUGACAUCAAGGACCUGGAGCUCUUCCAGGGGGACAUCUUGCUGACUACUAGCACAGUCGAUGCCGCCGUGGACUUUGACCCUACCGGGCGUAUCCAGCGAACACUGCAACUCACCGUCGUUAACCCAGGUGCAGCGUCAGUAAACAGCAGCAGAACCAAGAGAAAAGUUAUCUCUAACAGAAGGUUCUUCUGGGAUGGAGGGGUUGUCAAUUGGAAAUUUGGAGCCAACUUCCCCCCGGCGGAUCACGCCAUUGUGAGAGAGGGUAUUGCCAGCUGGGAGGAGAAGACUUGUUUACGAUUCCCGGAGAACAACAACCCUGGAGCCACGCCACAUCUAAUUUUCAUCAAAGACCGGGGGUGCUAUUCCUAUAUAGGAAAAAACCCAUCCGGGCAGCCUGUCUCUAUCGGAAGGGGAUGUGAAUUCUUGGGAAUCGUUGUGCACGAGAUCGGCCACGCUGUCGGCUUGAGUCACGAACAGUCACGUCCGGACCGCAGUAAUUACGUCAGGAUAAACGAGGGCAACGUCUUUGGAGGAUUCCUCGGGAAUUUUAUCUCCAAUAGCUGGUUCAACUAUCACACUGAGGGCGUGCCUUACGACUACGGAUCGGUCAUGCACUACGGCGCUAAGGACUUUGCCCAAGACAGAACCAAAGACACGGUCAUUUCCCUUGAUCCCGCUAUGCGAGAAACGAUUGGACAGAGGAACGACUUGUCGUUUUAUGACGCGAAAGUAGCCAACUUGAGAUAUUGUAUUGACAGAUGUGGUGGAAAUACUUUGGAAUGGAGCGCCUGUCAGAACAACGGUUACCGGAACCCGAACAAAUGUGACGAGUGCGCAUGUCCCGCCGGAUUCGCUCCGCCAUUCUGCGAGGAUCCGAUUGAAACACCGGAAUGUGGUACGAACUUACUAAUGGCUGACACCACUGUGAGGACCUUCUCGUCACCUGGGUACCAGUCAGGUGGACAUCCUACCGACAGGACAUGCGCAUUUUUGUUCAGGGCUCCGGAUAACAUGAGAAUUAAAAUGAAGUUCGUGAAUCAGUUUCAAAUGCAGACCAAUUCUCCAGCGUGUAGAGCUUAUGUAGAGGUGCGCUACAAGAACAUGGCUCUGGCUGGCCCACGAUACUGUGGGACACAGACACCGACGGACGAGUUCAUUUCUCACGGGUCGUCAGUGAUGAUCACCAUGUUAACGCAAGCGCAGAAGAAUGAAGGCUUCCAAGUCGAGUAUUCUGCAGAGCAAUGUGGUGGAUGUUCCAGUAACCCCGGAAGUGUUGAACCCGCAUGUCUGCAGACAGAAAUCCGAGAGUGUGACACAUCUGGCAGAGAUAACUCUUGCUUCGACUUAGAAGACACAAACAAAUACUACUGCUGCGCUGGGUUCUACAGAGCCAGGUCCAGGUCCAAUAGUCCCACCACCUACGCCAGCACCUACACCAGCACCUACGCCAGCACCUACGCCCGCACCUACACCCGCACCUACACCAGAACCUCGGCUGAAUGA